AUGGGCGCUUCCAUUCUAUACGAAGAGCAAACUCGAAAGGCCAAUUGCAGCCACUAUGCGUUUCUCGUUGACAAGGAUUGGUUUGAGAGAUCAUCUUCUGCUGAAGCUGUCAAGAGUAGAAGCCACGUUCCUGUGGUGCUAGAAUGGAAUAUAAUCAACUCUACUUCUUCAUUCGCAUUAUUUGGAAGCUACGUUACAGAGAAUUUUGAUCUUUAUUAUAAUAAUACUAAUUAUAUUAUUAUAAUUAUACGGUUGCAUCCUUCUGCACUUUGGAUUCCAACAAUCGCUCAACGCUUUCUUGUUACUGCCCAGAAGGCUUUGAAGGAAAUCCCUAUCUUCUUCAAACUUGUCAAGAAACUUCUUUCCCUUUGA